AUGAGCGCCUUUGCGGUCCAGCUCGACCGCCUCCUGCUCGACCUGCGCGCCGCCAUCCCCUCGCCCUCGACCUCGUCGUCGUCCCAGCUCGCCCACGUCCACCACACCCUCAUUCGCCUCGAGCGAGCCUACCUCGAGCUCAAACGCGCAGGCUCGCACGCCCCGGCCAUCCUCUUCCUCCGCUUGCGCAACCGCAUCGACGAACUCGCUCAAGCACUCGACGACGCUCACUCAGCGACGCCCGACCUCGCCUCGUGGGACCGGUUGCGCAUCGACGAACUCGCUCAAGCACUCGACGACGCUCACUCAGCGACGCCCGACCUCGCCUCGUGGGACAAGCUCGCGCGCGACACGGCCCAGGUUGCCGCAAGCGUCGACGACCUCCUCGCCGUGUCGUCGCACGCGACUUCGACGCCCUCGUCGUCGUCCCACUCGCGCACGCCGUCGGCCGACCUUCCUCGACGCCUGCCCGCGUCGGCUCGUCCGUCAUCGUCCCAGACUCUGAGCGACCUCGACACCUUCCUGUCGUCCACCGCCGCGGCCCGGGUCCCGUCCGCCAUCGACCUGUCCCACCUCGCCGCCGCUCGAGCGCGCGCCCUCUCCGAGCUCUACACCCUCUUCCAGCUGUCGACAUCGCCCAACUCGGUCCUCCCACCGGGCCAGUCGAUCCGCAACAUCUUCCGCUCGUCGAUCCCCUCCCCCUCCCACACCACCGACCACACCGCCUCGCUCGAGUCCCGCAUCUCGUCCCAGCUCCACCGCGCCUACUUCGACUCGUUCGCCUCGACCCUCUCGAGUGCCAGUCCCUCGCCCGCAACAGCCGCCGAGCAGAGCGCGGCCUGGGCCCGUCUCGCGCAGGACCUCGUCGACGCCGUCGUCCCGCUCGUGCCCUCGCGCCUCAAGGGAGCCGACGGCGCGCCUCUCCGCGCGCACCUCGUCGCCCUUCUCGGGCGGGUACCGGGUCGCGAUGCUGAGGAGCGCGCAGAGCGGGACGAGGCGCCGACGGGCCCGUCGAGCGCAGCGUUCGACGUGCGCACGGUUCUCCAGGGCGUGCGCGAGGCGGUGCGCGCGCUCUCGCGCCUGUGCGCCCCGGCGCGAGACGCCGACGUGCGAGCCCUCGCCGACUCUAUCGAUGCGGCGCUCGACGAGUCGACGGCGGCAGAUCGGGGCGCGGCGCUCGUCGACGCGGUGCGGCGCACGCUCGAGCUCGCGAGGGCGAUGGAGCGCGACUUGGGGCGGUUCAGGGCGGGAGCGGUGACGGAACUCGCGAGCGAGGAGGAGCUCGUGGGCGUCGUGAGGGAGGAGGGAGGUGCGAGGGAGAGGGCGCUCGUCGGCGGGUGGUUCGAGGGCGAGGACGCCGUCAGGAGGGAGACGAGCGCGUGGUGCGCUCGGGCGCUCGGGCGUGGCGUCGCCAACGCGGGCGAUGACGCCGACGAGGGCCCGCAGUCGAGCAAGGAGGACGUCGCCGCCGCCCUCGUCGAGUCGCUCUUCGCCAACGAGGCCGUCGCACUUCCCUCCUUCUCACCUUCGCCCUCGGCCUCGUCCCGCCCCGACUCGCCCGCCUCUACACCGUCGCACAACGUCCUUCCACCGAUCCUCCUCGCCGUCUCGCCCGCCUGCUUCGCGCUGCAGAACCGCCUGCAGGCGCUCACGAUCCUCGCAUGCCUCCUUGCCCUGUCGCCCUCGGCCGACCCGGCGCGCAUCUGGGCCCUCCUCGAAGGCGAGUUCACCCCAUCGGCCGAGCCUGCGCCCUCGACCGCCGGCGAACCCGCACACGCCGCCGACCCGGCCCCGACCCGCCUCGCCAACCUCGCCGACGAGCUCCUCCGGCCGCUCACAGCGCAACCCUCCUCUCGCCCGUCCUCUCCCUCCGCCACAACCGCACCGACACCCGCGCCCAACGCCGACGAGGCGGCCCGCAUCCGCUCGAGCGUCGACCGCCUCCUGCGCGCCGACGACCCCGUCUGGCGCCUCCUGCACGGGCGCCUGCGCGCCGCCGUGCGCGACGCGGUCGUGCGCGCCAUGCGCACCUCGGAGCGCGACGAUGGAGCGAGGGUGGAGCGCGUGCCGGGCGUGCUGCGGACCGGGCGCGGCGCGAGGGGAACAGCGCCGGGCGAGACGAGGCCCGUGCGCGCGCGGCCGAGGCGGGCCCCGGUCGAGCUCGCGCCGGUCAAGGGGUUCGAGGAGCCGUUCGUGCGCGACGAGCUGCGCGCGACGGUGCAGGACCGGCUCGUCGGCGAGCUGUGGGACUGGGUCGAGGAGGUGUGGGGAGGAGCGCUCGGGUGGUCGGCGGACGAGCCGGCGCAGCUCUCGGUGGGCGGGACCUGA